CCUUGUCUCCAUGAAUUCAAUAGUUUAAUAGUAGCUCGGUCCCCAUACGGCCGUAAUCAGUGAAAUAGAAAAAACACCACCAGGAGAUUUUUUUUAAUGAUUUUUUCUUUCUCGUCUUCACUGAGCCGCAACGUUUAUAAAAAUACGCGUGCAAACUUUCCUCGGCUCUCAGGGAGCGGAGAUGAAUUACGAAUUCGAACGAGAGAGCGGUUUUAUCAAUAGUCAGCCGUCGCUUGCUGAGUGCCUGACAUCUUUCCCCCCUGUCGCUGAUUCAUUUCAAAGUUCAUCAAUCAAGAGCUCGACGCUUUCACGCCCGACACUGAUUCCUCCUCCCUUUGAGCAGACCAUUCCCAGCCUCAAUCCGGGCAGCCAUCCGCGGCACGGCCGGCCCAGACACAGCCCCGACGGAUGCAGCCCGCUGCCCACAGCCUCCUUACCCCCGGAGUACCCCUGGAUGCGGGAGAAGAAAGCCUCCAAAAGAAACCACCUGCCAACCUCCACAGCUACUACUAUUUCCAAUGGACCUGUAUGCUUCUCCCCAAAAGACUCGCCUGAGAUUGUGGAGAGCGGAGGAGGAGGAGGGGGCUCCCGUCGGCUGAGGACAGCGUACACCAACACACAGCUGCUGGAGCUGGAGAAGGAGUUCCACUUCAACAAGUAUCUGUGCCGGCCGAGGAGGGUGGAAAUAGCGGCCCUGCUGGAUCUGACUGAGAGGCAGGUCAAAGUCUGGUUUCAAAACCGGCGCAUGAAGCACAAGCGACAGACUCAGAGCAAGGAGAACCGUAACGGGGAAGGGAAAGGGCCGGGUGUAGAGGACGGCAUCCAGAGCGACGACGAGGACGAGGCCCCCCUGUACGAGCGAAGCGGGGCCCUGCUGGAGAGAGAUACCUGCUCCUUUCAGAAUAACUCUCUCAGCUCCACGCAACAGCUCCACAAUGGUGAUACCAUGAGCUUUUCUGCUGCGCCACUGAACAGCAAUGACAAAAAUCUGAAACAUUUUCCCAACCCGUCACCCACUGUUCCGGGCUGCAUGUCAACAAUGGGCCCCGGCUCGGCAUCUGGCCCGGACAAUGGCGACAGUCCCCCGGCCCUGGAUGUUUCUAUACAUGAUUUUCAACCUUUCUCUUCGGAUUCCUGCCUACAGCUCUCCGAUGCAGCCUCGCCGAGCUUGUCAGAGUCCCUGGACAGCCCCGUGGACAUUUCUACGGACAGUUUCUAUUUUUUCUCGGAGUCUCUAACUACAAUCGACCUGCAGCAUCUGAACUAUUAAUUGAAAUCAAUCACAAUAACUUCUUUCUUCUUCUUUUUUCGGGACAAUAAAUAUCAGGCUACGAUGUUAUUAACUCUGAUGUUAUUUGUAUAUUCGGCACAUUUAUUCUGUUGAUAUUUGACUUGAAGAUUAAUUCAAGGUAAGGAUGAAAUUAAAUCA